UUAUGAAACACCACCAUGGAGUAUUUUAAGAAAUUUAAGUAUUCUUAUUGGGAGAACCAGCUCCAGUUUUAUAAUUGUGAAAAGAAAGUUUAGAAAGAUCCUCCCAACAUUCUCAGUUAUGAAUGAGGUAAAUUUCUGGAUGACCCUCAAACUCUCUAAAUGCUUAUUUUCCAUAUCUUCGGAUACUUUUAGUUGACGAGAAGAAAAUGUCAGAUUUGUUAAUCUCAAAAUGGAGGCUAGUGCAGAUCACCCAAAUAAUUAAAGAACUCUUCCAUCUGACUGACGUUGGUAACAAUUAUAAAACUCUAGGAAGUCAGCAGAUAGGCUGAAAUUUUUGAACGAAAAUAGCAAAACUAUAGCUUGGCAGUCCAUUUAGGACUACUUUCCUUCCAACAAAAGGCUGAUACUAAAGAGUAUAAUAGACACCAGAUAGAGGCUCUUGAGGAUACUCUUCUCUAACCAAUGGAUAAAUCCAUGGCCAAAGAUGGUUUCACCAAGAGUCUCAACAUUAAGAUUUCUCGCUAAUUUCCACAU